AUGCUCUCGUCUGAUGAGCGCUCCGUGCUGCCCGCCGAGUUGAGCGAGUCACUCAAGGAGUUUGGACCUGACGCUGCGGUGCAGGGUCUGUUGCCCCGCGCCACCGAAAGCUCGAGUCGGCUGGAGGCGGAAAACGAUGUGCUCCAGAGGUACUACGACAAGAAGCUUGCGAUCGUAUGGGCCAGUCACAACAACCCCGACACCACGUUCGACUACAUCCACCCGUUUGCUCUCUUGACGCAGGCUGGUUCAGCAAUAUCCUGGAGGGUGUGUUUCUCGAAGAAAGCCGAAGUGCGUUCAAAUCGAUCAAUGGCGUGCGUCAAUCCCGUGCGCAACAAGGCCAAUGCGAUCGUGGUGGGCCUUCUCCACCGUGGGUGCGCGGAGUCGACGCGCUGCAUCGUGACAAGAGAGCCCCUCGAUCUGCCCGAGCAGCAAGUUACGAGCUGCUCCACCGAGAGUGGCAGCGCGGGGUGCAACGGUGGGUGGCCGUACGCCGCUAUGACGUACGUGUCGAUGACCGGGAUCUGCUUGGAGAGCGACUACCCGUAA